AAAAUUGGAUGCUCGUCAUAGGUGCGAUUGUGUGUCCGCGCAUGCGCAGUGCGGCUCCUUGACUAGCAGGGCGGGUGGAAUUAUAAACCGCAGCUAGCAGCAGGCUAACAGCGCGCAGAGCAGCCGCAUGUCUUCAGGGUGUGAGCCGCUGUCGAAAGUGUCGAAAAUACCCGCCGGCUAAGGGGAGAUAUCUUCCGUAGAAAGACUACAAUCUCUCAGCCGGGGGGGAAGGGAGACACCGGUUUACACCCAGCAUUGUGUUUCACACACCGGACAUUGAAACGGGAAACGACGCGCAGGCGGGGAGCCAGCGAGCAGUGCCAUGGCGCGGGACUACGAUUACCUCUUCAAGCUGCUCAUCAUCGGCGACAGCGGUGUGGGGAAAAGCAGUCUGCUGCUGAGGUUUGCAGACAACACGUUUUCAGGUAGCUACAUUACCACCAUCGGCGUGGACUUUAAGAUCCGGACAGUGGAGAUAAACGGAGAGAAGGUGAAGCUGCAGAUUUGGGACACGGCAGGACAGGAAAGGUUCCGUACUAUCACUUCAACGUAUUACAGAGGCACACAUGGUGUGAUAGUGGUUUAUGAUGUGACGAGUGCAGAGUCCUUUGUAAAUGUUAAACGAUGGCUUCAUGAAAUCAACCAGAACUGUGACGAUGUUUGUCGAAUAUUAGUGGGUAAUAAGAAUGACGACCCCAACUCAAAGGUGGUGGAGACGGCCGACGCACAGAAGUUUGCGGAGCAGAUGGACAUUCGGCUCUUUGAGACUAGCGCCAAGGAGAACCUCAAUGUGGAGGAUAUGUUCAACUGCAUUACAGAGCUUGUUCUCAAGGCGAGGAAAGAAUCCAUGGCCAAGCAGCAGCAGCAACAGCAGAGUGAAGUGGUCAAACUCAGCAGGAACAGCAAACGCAGGAAGAAAUGCUGCUAACAGACUGGAGUUGUAGUGCUACACUCUCAGAGCCAACUAAACAUGCCACUGAACUGACAAGAGCCAGAGAACAGCCAUAGAACGCAGCAUCCCGAGAGAGACGAUCCAAAUCAAAUUUAAAGAGAUGUAUCUAUAUCUAUAUAGAAAUCUACUAAUGAAAUCCUUUUGGACAUUAUAUUUACUUGCACAGCAGACUUGUGCAGACUCAAAUGUAGAUUUAAGUGAAAAUGGAUUCAAGUGGCUGCCACGUCCUUUCUGCAAAGGUCGAGGAAGUCCACUGCUACAGUGACCUUUAAAGGAGAAGUGUUUUCCUUUAUGUCUGUAAUCAUGCCAGCCCUCACGUAAACGCCUAUUUUGAAAUCCAGUGACGUAUCGGUAUCUCAUCUGCUCAUUUUGUUUUGUGUCAUAUAGACAAGACUGUGCCAUUUGACACAAAUGAGGAUGACAAUGAUGAAGAAUCAUGCCCCUUUCUUCUUGAGAGCUCCUCAUGUUUUUUUUGAUUCACAGGAAGUCUGUCCAGCCUGGACCAAACGCUCAUAUCGCCGCCAGCCCCUCAUAGAUGAAUUAUUUUUGCUUGUAUUUUUUUUUCCCUUUCACUUGUUUUUGUAUGUUGUUUUUUUUUUUUUUUUUUUGUUUUUUUAACUAACAAAAUAUACCACUGUAAUCAGUCGCACAGGGGAUUUGGUGCCACCAACCGGACCUUUUUGCUCUUACAGUGCUGAAGGAAAUGACUGGACCUCAGUGCAGUGAAAUAACUGAACUCAUAUAUGGAAAAGGGAUAACUAUAUUCUGACCUACACGUAGUAGUGCUAUUGGGAGAUUUAAAUCAGUCCUCAAGGGCAACCUCCUUCAGAUUUCACUCUCCUGCUUUACCUGGACUCAGGUGUGAUGACAAAGUGGCCAACAAUCAGCUACCAGUCAUUACAAAUUCCAGGACAAAGUUUGGAUCUGAAGACACUUCAUCUAGUACAUAAAGAUAUCAGUGAUAGAGUGGAGUAUCUUUAGUAAUGAGAAUACUAGAAGGAAUAGACUGAAGUUGGUAAUAUGGUAAUUCUUUUUUUUUUUUUUUUUUUUUUUUAGGAUCUUUAAUCCUUUCAGAAAAUAUCGGUUGAGGAAAUAUUGCCAAAUCCAGGUGAAUAUUUGUACAAGAUACCUAUUAAAAUAUAAAGAAAUACACAUGUGUGAGCACACUCGUCUUUAAAUAGCAGUCAAAUCUAGGAAGGAGCAUAUUACAUCAGCAUAACCCAGCUAUGGUUUGAAUUCAAGACACAGAGCUUAACGGAAAAUCCAAUCAUGUUUAAAUACACACGUGAAACGGCCCCUAGCGCAGGGAGGUUCAAACAGGUCUCAUCAAGUAUUUAAACCUGAACGCGAGCCGUGAAUGUGCGCGUGCAUAUCAGUAUUGUAAUCUACACGAUGUACAUAUACAAACACGCAUGUCUUUAUGUAAACAUCAUUAUGUGUGUGUUUUAUAUAUGUGUAAGCUUAAUGAUCUGGUGUACACUGGAAAAAGAUAUUUUGAUAUUUUGCCACUCAUUCAUUUUGUUUGCCUUAUCAUGAAUCUAACCGAUGAUAAUAAACAUUUUAAAAUAA